GAUUAAUUUAUCCUGGAAACAAAUUCAUAUGACAGCUCAAAGGGAGAAUGUCAUAAAAAGACUGUUGAAGAACUGGAUACAUUGAAGAAAUGCUUUGGAUUUAAAAGGUAACAAAUCUCUGCUGUGCUUUGGCAGUGUUUAUGGUGUUUAUUUUAGGUCUGUGUACAGUCUAGUAGUUUCAAAGGUUGCUGGAAAUUCCUGAAAGCUGUCUCAUGGGGACUGACUAAAGUACAAGAAGCUGUAAAACUAAACAAGGAUCUACCGGAUGCUGUAUCUGUGGCAUUUCAGAAGCGUUCCUGCUAGAUCUGUGGCAGAUAUAUUAAUGAGUUUUGUUUCCGAGGAGUGCUGAUCUAAAAGGAAUGGAGCGUUUAAUCAGACACAGACUGUUGCUGGGCUGAAUGCCACUGCUUCCUGCAUGUACAUAUCCCAAAUGCAAAAUGGCUGCUUCCCAGAGAAGAUGUAGAAGAAAUCUGGAAUAAGUUAAGUUUAUAACACGUUUUUUUAAAUGUAUGUAUUUUUUUUUUUAUUCAAAUAUAUUUAAAGAGACCCAUGUAUGUGUAAUUGACCGUAUACCGUAAUGGGGAAUGUCUGUGGAUGUGUUAGAAGUCCAAAGGAGGAAUAUUACAUUGACCCAGCCAGGGCUCCGUUAAGUCACACAAAGCAUCCCAGAGGCAGAAGAUAUUUUCAAAGGAAGAAGAAAAGGAAACUGCAAACCACCAAUUCUCUGACAAGUCAAAGUGGGGAGAGUUCACUGGGAGAAAGCAUAACGACAAGUGUUUUGUGGGAAGAUGAGGCUGAAAAGGGCUCAAAUAGACUUCCCUUGGAUGUACGGAAUUUUACUGCAAAGGACACGCCAGAUAAAAACAAAGGGAUAUCUACAAACUGUAGUGAAUCGGGGUUGCUGGAAAAACAUGAGAGUAUCCCCGCUUUGGAAGUUCAGAAAUCAUAUCCAGAUAAGAGGGACUUGCAUCACCUUUCUGGUGAUGCAGAAUCAAUUGAUACAGCCAGAAGAGAGUGGGCCACAGAAGACAAUAGGCUUCGUUUUGUCAAAAUGAAACAAAGGCCUAAAUAUAUUUCAUCGAAAGAUACUGUACUAGACAAGCGACUAUAUGGACUGCCUUUUAAAAAAGCGGUCAGUUUAAGCUCUGUUGAUUGCCUUCUUCAAACCUACCAGCUUAAAAACUGUUCUGACGAUGAGGUAUCUGAGCAAGAUAGACUGCACAAAAGCACUGAAAACCUGCUCCACAUUACUCCUGGUUUGGUCCCUAAAUCAAUCAGGCGAAUAAAGGCACAAGUCCAGAAAAAGAGACCACAUACAUAUUGUGGGGGUUCUUUGUCAGAGAACUUAUUGCCUGAGUCUUUCCAAACAUCUCAACAUGAAGUCACAGACCCCAGACACAAGAUCUCUGAUAUCCAUGUUCCUGGGGUGCCGGGAGAUAUGACAGCUAAAGAGAAGCUGCUGCUCUGGUCUCAACAGACAACUGAAAGUUAUGUUGGUGUGCGGUGUGAAAACUUUACUACCUGCUGGAGGGAUGGGAGACUAUUUAACGCCAUUAUUCAUAAAUACAGGCCGGACCUGAUUGAUAUGAACAUGGUUGCCACUCAGAGCAGUCGAUCAAAUUUGGAACAAGCCUUUUGUGUUGCUGAACAACUAGGAGUGACAAGACUGCUCGAUCCAGAGGAUGUUGAUGUACAAUCACCUGAUGAGAAGUCAGUUAUAACUUAUGUUUCAAUACUAUAUGAUGUUUUCCCCAAAAUACCAGAGGGUGAAGAAGGCAUCACUGCACAUGAUGUUGACAUCAAGUGGGUGGAAUACCAGAACAUGGUGAAUUACCUCAGCCAGUGGAUCAGGCAUCACUUGACAAUAAUGUCAGAUCGAACGUUCCCAAACAAUCCUGUAGAACUCAAGGCACUUUAUAAUCAGUAUUUGCAGUUUAAAGAAACUGAAAUUCCACCGAAAGAGAAUGACAAAACAAGAAUCAAACAUCUGUACAAACUGUUAGAGUCAUGGAUAGAAUUUGGUCGUAUCAAACUCCCACAAGAAUACCACCCUAAUGAUGUAGAAAGAGAAUGGGGAAAACUUAUAAUUGCCAUGUUGGAGAGGGAGAAGAGUUUACGGCCUGAAGUGGACAGGCUUGAAAUGCUGCAACAAAUUGCAAGCAGAGUACAACGUGACUGUGUGGCCGGGGAAGAUAAGUUGGUGUUGGCAAGAAAUGCAUUGCAGUCUGAUGCAAAAAGGUUAGAAUCCGGAAUCCAGUUCCAGAACGAAGCCGAGAUUGCAGGAUACCUGCUGGAGUGUGAGAGCCUCCUUCGCCAGCAAGUUGUCGAUAUCCAGAUUCUUUUGGAUGGGAAAUAUUACCUGGCCGAUCAGCUAGUUCAAAGGGUAUCAAAGCUUCGGGAUGACUUUCUAGCCCUCAAGUCUGAAUGCUCCUCAGUGUACAGCAGAGGACGAACUCUGACAACAGAGCAGACCAAGAUGAUGAUUUCAGGAAUAACACAGAGCUUGAACUCAGGUUUCUCACAGAAUAUGAACCCGGGCUUGAACACAGGUCUGUCCCAGGGUUUAACACCUACCCUGACAUCCGGACUGCUGCCAUGUCUCUCCCCUGGACUCACCUCCAGUUUUACAUCAAGUCUGACUCCCUGUCUGACCCCUUCCCUCACCCCAGCCAUGACCCCGGGGCUGCAGCCAGCAAUGGUACAGGGCUAUGUUACUGGAAUGGACUCCACAGCACUGCAGUCUCUAAAACUAAUGCAGAUCCGGAAACCUUUAGUGAAAUCCUCACUCGCUGAUCCUAAUUUGACCGAGGAAGAAGUCAACAUGAAUUUUGUGCAAGAUCUUUUGAACUGGGUUGAAGAAAUGCAGGUACAAUUGGAUCGUUCAGAGUGGGGUUCAGAUUUGCCAACUGUGGAAACUCAUUUAGAGAAUCACAAAAGUGUACAUAGAGCAAUUGAAGACUUUCAAAUGAGCCUUAAAGAAGCGAAAUUUAGUGAGAUCCAGAUGACAUCUCCCCAUAAAUACAAUUACUCUGAGAGGUUAAGCAAGCUAGAAAAUCAGUAUGGAAAGCUGCUGAAUUCCUCUAGAAAUCGCCAGAAGUACCUUGAAAGCCUACAUGAGUUUGUGUCAAGAGCCACGCGGGAGAUCAUCUGGCUGAACGAGAAGGAAGAGGAGGAAGUUGCAUACGACUGGAGCGACAGGAAUUCAAAUAUGGCGAAAAAGAGAGAUUACCAUGCCGAUCUCAUGAGAGAGCUUGAUGAGAAAGAGAGAGCUAUUAAGUCUGUUCAGGAUAUGGCCGAACGACUUCUACUUGAGAAUCAUCCAGCCAAGUUAACCAUUGAGGCUUACCGUGCUGCCAUGCAGACACAGUGGAGCUGGAUCUUGCAGCUGUGCGGUUGUGUGGAACAGCACUUGAAAGAAAAUGCAGUCUAUUUUGAGUUUUUCAAUGAUGCCAAAGAAUCUAUGGAUUAUUUAAAUAAUUUACAAGAUACCAUCCAAAGAAAAUAUGGCUGUGACCGGACAAGCAAUCUACAUAAAUUGGAAGAUCUGAUUAAAGAAUCUAUGGAUGAGAAAGAACAGCUUUUGCAAUACAGGAGCACUGUGGCAAGUCUUGUUGGACGGGCCAAGGGAAUAGCCCAGUUAAAACCUAGAAAUCCUGACGGCACCAUCAGGUGCUCCAUACCAGUGAAAGCCAUCUGUGACUAUCGACAGAUUGAGAUAACUAUCUUCAAAGAAGACGAGUGCGUACUGGCCAGCAACUCUUACCGGGCGAAGUGGAAAGUUAUAAGCCCAAAUGGAAAUGAGGCUAUGGUACCUUCUGUUUGCUUCACCAUUCCUCCACCAAACAAAGAAGCAAUUGAAACUGUCAGCAGAAUUGAACAGCUGUAUCAGAAUGUCUUGACUCUGUGGCACCACUCCCAUAUAAACAUGAAGAGUGUGGUGUCGUGGCACUACCUCAUGAACGACAUUGAAGCUAUUCAAAAUAGCAAUGUUGCCUCAAUAAAGACCAUGUUACCAGGGGAACACCAGCAGGUUCUCAGCAACCUGCAAAGUCACUUUGAGGACUUUCUUGAGGACAGUCAGGAGUCAGAAGUUUUCACCGUCUCUGACAGAGGGCAGCUGGAGAGAGAGGUUGUAAUCUGCAAGCAGUACUACGAGGACCUUCUGAAAUCAGCUGAAAGGGAGGAACACGAGGAAUCUGUCUACAACCUGUUUAUCUCAGAGGUGCGGAACUUCCGUAUGCGUCUGGAGAACUAUGAGGAGCGCCUGAUCCGUCAGAUCCGUGCUCCACUGGAGAGGGAUGACCUGCAGGAGAGUGUGCUCAGGAUUGCAGAGCAGGAGAAAUCAAAAAAAGAGCUAGACAGACUCAAAGAGGAUCUGGAAACCAUGCAAGAGAAGUGUGAGACGUUCAUCAGCCAAGCAGCCUCGACGCCAUCAGUCCCUACUCUGUCCACAGAACUCAAUGUUGUCGUCCAGAACAUGAAUCAAGUCUACUCCAUGUCUUCCAUUUACUUAGAGAAGCUGAAAACCGUAAGUCGGGUUGUGAAAAACAGCCAAGGAGCAGAGGCCUUAGUGAGACUGUAUGAGGCAAAACUGUGUGAGGAAGAUGCUGUAAAUGCUGAAACAAAAGCCAUUGAGACUGUCGUGAGUACUCUGAAGCUGUGGUGCACAGAAAUCGAUGAAAAAAGAGAAGUUUUUCACGAUUUGGAGGAUGAGCUACAGAAAGCCAGGGCUAUUAGUGACCGGAUGUUCAAGAUGCAUAAUGAACGUGAUUUUGACUUGGACUGGCACAAAGAGAAAGCAGACCAGCUGGCAGAGAGAUGGCAGAAUGUUCAUUCUCAGAUAGAAAACAGGCUACGUGACUUGGAGUGUACAUGCAAAUCUCUAAAGUACUACAAAGACACCUAUCAUGCGCUAGAUGAAUGGAUAAAGGAAAUGGAAGACACUCAAUUGAAGAUGCAAGAAAACCAGCCAGAAGACAGCAAAGCACUAGCUGAACUGCUGAACCAGCAAAAGGUCCUUGUUUCAGAAAUUGAAAUGAAACAAAGUAAAAUUGAUGAGUGUCAGAAAUACUCAGAGCAAUACUCAGCUGUGGUGAAGGACUAUGAGCUUCAGUUAAUGACCUACAGGGCAAUGGUGGAUUCACAGCAGAAGUCCCCAGUCAAGCGACGCAGGAUGCAGAGUUCAUCUGAUGUAAUACAGGAGUUCAUGGACCUACGGACCCGCUACACUGCUUUGGUUACCCUCAUGACUCAGUAUGUGAAGUUUGCUAGUGAAACCUUGAAGAGAACAGAGGAGGAAGAGUAUUCUUCUGACGAAGGUGAAUUAUAUCCUCCAAUGGAGACUGAAUAUGCUUCUAAUGAACCAGUGAAUAUUGGAAGAUCAGUGAAGAAUGCAGUACCCACUGCUUUACCAAUUGAGACAGCAGGUACAAAUAAAAGAGACUUGCCAAUACUCACAAAUACACAUGAGGAUGGUUCUUUUCCAGCUACAGAAAAAAAAGAAAACGAAAGGGAUUCUUCACCUUUUGAGGCUGUAAUGCAGGAUACCUCAAGUAUUCCAGAAUGCUCAAAUUAUAUUUUUCCAAUGGAUACUAUUAAAGGCACUAUAGGUGUAGCAGACAGCGCAGUCAGCCCAGAAUCAACUGUUGUUCCUAAAAAGGAACACACACAGGGCUUAAAGAAAAAGUCACGCAAAGCAGCAGGGACCAAGCAAAACAAGUGUUGUCCAGCUACUUGUAUUGAAGAUCAAGAGGAAAACCGAUCCAUUCUAACAGAGAUCACUAGUGGUAGCAAAGAUCCUGGAGUUUACUCAAGGGCUCUGCAAACACAAUUGGUUGCACAAGUGCCCUUGGAAAAAUCUGCCCAAGUUAGUGUGAGGAAGGCCUAUCAAGGCCAAGAUAAUCAAGCGAGUGAAGUAAAAAUAUCUGAUUUUGAAGAAAAAGGAGGACCGCAAAGCAAUCUUCCCACGAACGUGGACAGCCAGAACAUUUCUAAUACAUUUGGAGAUGAAAUCCAGUUUAACAUGGGAGAAUAUUAUCCAGAACAGUAUGCUGACAUACAGGUUGUAAAGACUGAUGAAAAUGCUGAGAUUGUCAGUCAUAGAUCUUCUUCAUUGAUGCAAAAUAAUAAUAGCACCACAAUUGAUUUGAAUUCUGUUUUACAAAUUUUUGAAGAGGGAGAUGAAUUAAGUUGUUAUCAAAAAGAUCUAGUUAGCAGAGAGAGGAAAAUGUGUAGAAAACCAGAGAAACAUCAUGAUACAGUUUUAUGUGUAAUAAAAGAUACAUCCUCAUUUACUGUGUCAGAUGAAGAUAUAACUGAUGAGAUUACUGUUGAGUAUCUUGGCAUGAUGAAAGAUCAACAACCACUUUCAGGUAGUUUUAGUGUUGCAAAAGCAGAAGAAUCACUGGACACCAAUAGCACAGUAUCUGCAGUAAGGUUUGACAGAGUAUUAAGUAAUAAAGAACAUAUAUUUAAAAGACCAGGUGUCACACUGAAAGAUGAAGCACUAGACCAUCAGUUUUCUCAGGAGACAGACCAUGAAGAAGGUAGACAUUUACAAAGUGGCACGAACAGGCCACAUACCUCAACUGAGACAGCAGACAAUAAACAUCCCACAGAUGCACGAAUGGAAAAGGAAGGAAAGACUGUGAAAGAUACCAUAGGUGUUUAUAACAAGGCAACCCUGAUCAUGGAUAGCAGACAACAGAAAACUGAGGGAAUAUCUUAUAAAGAAAGCAUUACAUGUGGUAUAAAAGAUAAACUACUUGAAAAUCAGCCAGUCAAAGAUGAACAUUUCAUUGAAAUAACUUCCCCUGAACAAAAGGCUUCUAAAUCUACAGCAGGCCAAUCAGCUUAUGAGGGUGAAGGAACUCGAAGCUUUAUGUCGGACAGUAUUGGUCAAUACAUUGAAUUAACGGGACAAAGGAAUUUAUUAAAGAAACUUAAAGAGGGGGAAGUAAUGACUAAAGCCUUUAAACAAUCACAAAUAUCUACAGAACACCAAAGAUUGGAAAAUGAGGCCCACCUAAAAGAUAAUAAAGAGAAAUCUGUUGAGGAAGAGAAGAAAGAGCAUGGUGAAAAAGUUAGCAAGUUGUUAAACUGGGCAUCGAAUAUGAAAAAAACCAACAUUAAAGAAGAGAAGCUCUUGCAGGAUGAAAAAAAUGUCACAAAAGACACUUCUUAUAAGCCUCAGGUUUCAAUGGAAGAAGUAGCAACUAAGAAAGAACAAAUUGCUGAAGCUUUGAGGACGACACAGUUAAUGCUGGUGAAACACAGUGACAAAAUGACAGAAGAAGAAAGACAAGACACCAAAGAACAGCUGAAGUCUUUGCAGCAGGCAUACAAUGAUUUAUCUCGGCAGUCUGUUAAUCAGCUUCCACAACCACAGAGCCUUCCUGCUGAACAGGAUUAUCAAACCAUAGAAGGUCUUAUAGACCUGGAAACUGGAGCUGUCUUUUCAGUUUGUCGCUCUAUGCAGAAAGGUCUGAUUGACUACACUACUGGAAUCAAUUUACUUGAAGCUCAGUUGAUUACAUCUGGACUCAUCUUACCAGAAUUGAGCGUGUGUUUGGAUCUAGACGAUGCUUUCAAGCAUGGUCUUGUUGACAAACAUACUUACAACCAUUUACAGGAAAUGAAUGGAGCUAAAAGGUGUAUUCUGAGUGCCAAGUAUGCAUCUGAACCUCUUCCACUAAUUGCUGCUUGGAGAGAUGGAAUUAUCUCAGAACAACUAGCCAUUAGGAUGAUUGAAAUACAACUGGCAACCGGGGGUUUAAGAGUCACGUAUACAGGUGACAUUUUAAACCUAGAGAAGGCUUUCCAAAGUGGACUAAUUCCACCACCAUUGUUCCUGAAGAUUCUAGAAAGAGAGGAUACAUGCACAGACUUGAUUGACCCAAAUACAGCAGAAAGGGUCUCACUAAUACAGCUUGUGCAGAGGAGUUUGGUUCAUGAAGAGACAGGUCUGAGAUUGUUGCCAGUGAAGAAAGGAGAAGAUGGUAAAAUAGCUUUAAAAUCUGGUAGAGAGGUCAGCAUAUUGCGGGCUGUUCAUGAAGGCCUUAUUGAUCGGGAAACCAUGUUCAGACUGCUGGGAGCUCAACUAUUUGCAGGAGGUAUUAUGGAUCCCACAACAAAUAGCAAACUAAACGUGAAGGAAGCAGUGCAAGAAGGCCUGAUUGAUCAAGAUACUGCCUGCAAAAUAUUGAGCUAUCAGGCCCAAAAUGGUGGAAUCGUCAAUCCUUGCACUGGUGACAGGUUAACUAUGGAUGAAGCUGUUCAAUGUAAUUUAAUAACAUCCAGCAGUGCUCUGUUAGUUCUGGAAAAACAAAAGGCUUUUAUGGGUCUUAUCUGGCCUUGUUCGGGUGAAAUCUUCACAGUAUCAACUUCCAUACAGCAUGAGGUGAUUACAAAUGAACUUGCUUAUAAAUUGCUAAGUAACAGACAAAAAAUAGCAGCACUCUAUAUUCCAGAGAGCUCUGAGGUAGUAAGUAUUGAAGAUGCAACCAAGUCAGAGAUAAUAGACAGCAAUACUGCAGAUGUUUUGAAUUCUAUAGUGAUACCUGAUGUCAUUCCCGAUAUAGAUGAUUUAGAUGAAAAGAUUGCAACUUGGGUUUCUUCAUGUGACCUUCAGCUAGUUAGUUCUCAUGAAUCGCAACAGAAUCAAGAAAUAUCUGAAUUGAAAAAUACAAAUUUACCAUCUUCCUCAGAAGCCAAACAACUAUUUAUAUCCUAUUUAAUGAUAAAUAGUUAUAUGGAUCCCAAAUUAGGACAGAGGCUGUUGGUAUAUGAUAGAGAGUUAGCUAAAAUAACCACACUUUUUACAGAGAAUGCUGAAAAAUCACACAAUACUAUGCCUUGUCUCAAACAAUCUAGUGUCAGUCUAGACAAACAUGAUUGCAACGAGGCUGUAGAAAACCGUGUAAGUGAACAGUCUGUAGGCAGACAUGAAAAUAGAACUGAUAAAGAACCAAAUACCAUGCCUAACCAGCAUUUUCCAAGACAGGUGCAGGAACAGUUUAUUUCAAGGUUACAUGAUUGCUUUUCUGAAGAAACAGAAAGCUAUAAACACAGUGACAAUAAGACACAAGUAGACAAUGCUGAAGUGUAUAACACAAUGAACUGCAGUGAAGAUGGUGUUGAAAAACAAACUCAUAUAAGUGCUGACAGGUAUGUAGCUGUUUUGCCUUCUAUAACCAAAGAUCAAUCACAAAUACAGUUCCAGACCCCAAACCAUCACCUAAUCACUAAUGCAAAUAUUGAAGGACAAGAACAUCUAUGUAAUCAAAAACACAUGAUUGAAACUGGUUUAGAUGGACCACACACAUACAAAGAAAUAGCAAUGGGAAGUGAUACUAAAGAAACAGUAUUAGAUGGUGAUUUUGAUAUGCUACCUCACAUGAGAGAAUGCAGUCUUUAUAAAGAUGUUAAAUGUAACUCAUUUGCAAGUGUGUCCAGUGACAUAAACGAUAAGGUAUCAAAAAUACCCAAUGAUUGUGAAUCUCAAAAAGCUGACUUGGAAUUCUCAGGGAAGACAGGUAUAUUUACUAAAGGGCUGGGGAAUGAUGAAGAAGAGAACCUGUUGCUUUUGAAAGAUGUUGAAAAGGGAAAGUUAGAGCAACAGAAUGCUGCAAACAUUCUCAAAGUUCAGUUGGAAGAAUGUGGCAUUUUGGAUUAUGCUACUGGUGAGCGAUAUGAUCUUGAUACAGCCUUAGAAAAGGGUCUUGUUGGCAAGGAUACUAUUUUAGAUGUGUUAGCUUUGCAGUUCCAGGAUGGAGGUAUCAAUGAUGAACAAACAGGUGAAACUUUACCACUUAAGGAAGAUGUGGCAAAAGGACUGAUACCAAGCCAUGUGGGACUUCAGAUCGAAGAAAAGCUGGGUCUACUGGACAGGUUUUAUGAAUCAAAAACUGGAGAAACAAUUACCAUCAAUGAUGCUAUACAACAAGGUCUGGUUGAUAAUGAUGUUAUAGAAAAAGCCUUACUUUCUGAGAAGGUUAUCUAUGCCACAAUUGACCCAGAGAGCAAUGAUUUGCACAGUGUGCCAGAAGGAGCAGUAUUUAGUCUUUUAAAUGAUAGCACAGCACAGAGGCUGUUGGAAGGUCAGGUCUUGUCUGGUGGAAUUGUAGAUCUUGAGCAAGGAAAACAGGUAUCAGUGACUUUGGCAUCCAAACUUGGGCUUAUAAAUGAGCAACUUGGUGAAGGGCUUCUAAAAACGGAAGAAGCAAUAACUGGAAAAGAAGUAGAUGAUUCAAUAAAACUGAAACAGAUGGGCCUGCAGAUGGAACUCAGUGGUAUGCAGGACCCCGAGGUCCAACAACCCUUGCCUCUCACUGAAGCUAUAGAAAAAGCACGAGUGGAUAAAGACACAGCCCCCUCCAUUUUAUGUAAACAGUUAGAAGAUGGUGGGAUUGUUCAGCAUGCAUCAGGCUUGUGCUUGUCAGUGGGGAAUGCUCUUAAGCAUGGAUUAAUUGAUCAGAACAUGGUUUAUGAACUAUCUAAAUUAGAAAACAACAUUUGCAAAAACACUACACCAGAAACAUUUGAGAACUGUUCACAUGAAGUAUCACAAGAACCAGCUGAAUUUGCGGAUGGAGAUAAGUUUAGUGAGCAUGCUGUUCCAUAUUCUGAUCUUAUCAAUGGCAGUUCAAUUGAUAUGCAGUCUGGAAAAAGAUACCUAGAUUUAAAAACAUGCACAGAGGCUGAAUACACAGGGCAGAAUGUGCAGUUGAAAAAGUCUGGUGUAGAUUUUGAGUCAAACAUUAUCCAAAUUGGCAACCAGGAACACAAUGAAUCAGAUAGGUCUUCCCCGUCACAUGACAAUAAACCUUCUGAACCAAACACAUUUAAAAAUACAUCCAGCGAAACAGAAGAUACCUCAUCUUUAUGUAGUUCACUGAAUCAUACAGAUUACCUGAAAGAAAGAGUAGACAGUAUUAAAAUAGAAACUGAAAUGUUCAUGUCACACACUAGUGAUUCAGGUUCAUUGAUCCGAAAGGAAAAAUGUAAAGAAGAGAACUUCAUGGAUGCCCCAGCGCACAGCAUACAUUGCUAUCUUAAUGUAGCUGAAUCUGUUAAUACAGGAUUUUGCCAAGCAGAGAUGGAUAGUCUUGCAGAGAGAGAUCGUGAAAGUACUUCAGAUGUCUCCAAUGAUCUUGUUAAUGCAUCCCCUAGUACUCAAAUAAAAUACGAAGUACAAGAUAAUAGAGAUAAUUUAGAGGUUAAUACAAGUAUGACAGAGGCCUGCACUGAUCCACAGGUGGAAAAUGGUACAGAAGUAAAAGCUUUUAUUGUGAGAAAUCAAUAUUUGCAAGAUGAUUUUAAGAUACGUAGUGAUAUGAGCAAUCAUAUUCAAGGUGGUGCAAUGGACCAGUUGCUUGAUUCAUCUGAAAAAACUAUUUUGAGAGAUAGUAAUGACUCAGUUAACAGCAGAGUUGUUACAGGUGAUAUUUGCACAGAGCGUAAAAGUAUGGAUGCUAAUGUGGAUUUAUCCACUCAAUUUACAGAUUCUGUUGGUAAACUGACAGUCCAGUCUGACAUCAGUAGCAUUACAGAUAGCUCUGCAUCUGAGAGUGUGCAAACCUCUGAUGUAUGUAGUAAACUAAGGUCAAGUUUGCAGGAGUUGGUAAAAAUAACAGUGGAGGAUACUAAUGCAAAAGUCUUACAAAAAGCUGAAUCUCAGGUAGCUGAGGAUAUAAUCAAAAUGAUAAUAAGUAUUCAAGAGUGCCCUACUGAGGAGAAUGCAGUUUCACAUGAUGAGGAGAAAGGACCACAAUUAAGUGACAUUCAUGACAAAAGUCCUGAUGUUUUUACUGAUUUAUUGAAACAAGAGUUCCUCCACUCAAAGGCCGAUGAACAGCUUGGGGCAAAGAAAGACUUGGCCUUAAAGGAGAAAAUGCAUGAGACAAAUCCUGCUGCUGCUGCAGAACUGUUCCAGUCACAACUGCAGCAGGUCCAACUGGCUGCAUCUCUCAAUGAUGACCCAGCAAUGUUCAAAGAGUUGGCUGGCAAGCUCAGUGAUAUUCUUGGAGGAAAUCUAGAAUGUGAAAGGAACCAAACUCCUGGAAGUGCUAGAGGAGACAGAAGCAAGCAGGUUGCUGCAGCUGUAAAUGAAACUCUAAACAGUGAUGAGCCAGAGUUCUGUAACCUAACAGAAACUAUCAAAGCACUGAGUAAGCAAGAAAAAGUGGAACAAGUCUCUGCUGAUUUGUGUGAAGAUACGCAGAGCCCCCAGAAUAAAACUGAAACUAAAGGAGAACCUAAAUCAAACGGUGCUACACAGCACCAUUUGAAAUGCAUCGGGAAGCUACAGGAUCAUUCAGAGGUACUUGAACUUCUGAAAAACAAACUGGACAGUCUAGAACCUCUUGGCAACAACUUGGACACAUUAACAAUUCAGCUUGAAGAAUCAGAGUUGCUAGAAUCACAGCUUUCUUCACUGGCUGGCACUCUAACCAAAGAUCUGAAGACAGCGGAUCAGUUAUUAGAGUCUGCGAAUGAAUAUGUUCCCAUGCAAAUACGCUGCGAUCUGGAAAUGGUUUCUAAAAAUGUGCAGCUUGCUUUCUCUGAUGCUUGCAAAAUGUCCACAGAAAGAAGACAUUUGGUAAAAGAUGCUAUUUACUCGGAAAAGUCUAAAUUAGCAUAUUCAAACCAAGAACUGCUUGAAAGGGUUCAGAAGCUUUCAGUUUGUAUUGAAGAAAGUGCUGGAAGCAUUACAAACCUUGAUAUCAUGAACACUGAUGAUAUGGAAACAGUGGAGCUCAGAAUUCAGCAAAACAAGGACUUAGAUAAAGCAUUGUCUAUCACAAAAAACCAGCUAGAUGCAACAGCAUUUGAUGUUCAGUACUUCAUAUCUGAACAUGCCCAAGAUCUCUCUCCCACCCAAAGCAAGCUGCUGCUAAAGUCUCUUAACGCUGCUCAGAAGUCUUUCAAAGAACUCAUGGAAGUGGUUUUGACACAACAAGACACUCUGAUGCUUCAUCUAGAAAUAAGACAAGACCUGAGUAAUCAGAAGAAUGUUGCAGAAAAGCAAAAGGAAUACACAGAAAAACUGCAAGAGUUGUGUCAUCACUUGACGCAGACAGAGAACAGGCUUAUUGGUCACCAGCAAACUACCAUUAGUGGAGAUAGUCUGGGUGACCUACAGCAGUUUCAGACAGAGCAUCAGGCCUUGCAAAGAGAUGUACAGGCUGGAGACAGUGCCUUAACAGAGGUAGUGAGAUGUACUAAGAAGUUCUUGGAAGAGAACAGAGGCAAGCUGCAGCCAGAGCAAAUAGCCAUGAUUGAGAACAAACUGGAGGAAGCGAACAGCAAAUCAAAACUGAUCAAUCAGCGUGCCGAGGAGUCAAGGAAGGACCUGGACAAGGCGAUGACAACAGCUAUCAAGCAAGAAACUGAAAAGGUGGCAGCAGUGAAGCAGCUGGAAGAGAGCAAGAACAAAAUUGAAGGACUGUUGGGCUGGUUGUCUAACGUAGGAAAAGAAAAGGACAUGGAAGGAAAUGUAGAACAGCAGGUGGCCAAACAGAAUGGGAACCUUCCCCUGGAAAGCACAGACACGUUGAUGAUUGUAGAGGAGGAUGAAGCAAAUGGAAACCUGCAGCAGGUCCAGACAGGCACAGUUGUGGAUGGAAAAGGGAAAGCCACAGAAGAAUUAGAUUUAAACAAGGAGUAUGAUAAAGUCAAGGCUCAUCAUCAGGAAAUCUUGUCCCAGCAACCAGACUUUAUCAUUGCUACUCAGUCUGCCCAGGCUCUGCUUGAGAAACAGGGCCACAUGCUUUCUCCAGAAGAGAAGGAAAAGCUGCAGAGAAACAUCCAAGAGCUGAAGGAUUGCUACGAAACCACUUUGACCAAAACGGAGCACAAAAUGAAGCAGAUCCAUUCGGUACAAGAAGAACUUCAGAAAUUCAAAACCGAUUGUAGCGAAUUUGAAAACUGGCUGCAGCAAUCUGAGGGUGAGAUCACAGACCUAAAGACAGGAGCACCCGACCUUAGUGUUCUGAAUGGUAAGCUUCAAAGGCAGAGAAGCUUUUCGGAAGAUGUGAUCUCUCACAAAGGAGAUCUGAGGUUCAUCACUAUCUCUGGACAAAGGGUGUUGGAUGCGGCCAAAUCAUGCAGCAAAGCAGAUACUAGCAAGGACUCUGAACUGGACAUAGAUACAUCUGGAGUCUGUACUGUAGUGCAAGACAAACUGGACUCUGCAGCAAAUCGCUACAAAACUCUUCACUCCCAGUGUAACCAGCUGGGAAACAACCUAAAAGAUGUGGUAGAGAAAUACAAACAGUAUGAAGAUGCGUCAACUGGCCUUGGAUCAUGGUUAGCAAAGUCCGAAGAAGUUGCGAGAAAACAGCUGGCAGAACCUGUUGCUGCUGAUCCAAAAAAUCUUCAAAAGCAGCUUGAGGAAACCAAGGCUCUUCAGGGACAGAUGUCAGGGCGUCAAGGUGCUGUGGAGAAGUUGCGGAAAACAGCUGAUGCUCUCACUGCCACAGAGGGGGACUUGUUGACAAAUCAAGAUACAAUCCAAGAAACAGUGGAUGAUAUCGUAGAAAGGUAUGAUAACCUUUCCAAGGCGGUGAGUGAUCGUAAUGAGAAGCUGCAGAUCACCUUGACACGGUCUCUGAGUGUGCAGGAUGGGUUGGAUGAAAUGUUGACCUGGAUGGAAGGUGUUGAGAAGAGCCUUGGAGAAAAAGAUCAAGUGCCUCUGAACUCGACUGCUAUCCAAGACAUACUCAGUAAAAAGGCUGUAUUAGAGCAAGACUUUUCAAUUCGUCAGAGCAGUAUCACUGCCAUGAAAGAGAAGGUGAAAAAGUUCAUUGAGACAGCAGACCCUUCCACUGCUUCGUCUCUGCAAGCAAAAAUGGACACCCUCUCGAAAUGCUUCACCGAUUCCUGCAAGAAACACAAAGAGAAGGUCACCAAACUAGAGGAGCUGAAGGACAAAGUGGAGCUGUUUGAAAAGACCGCACAGAAAGUCCAGCAGUUUGUGGCCAAAAGAUCUCAGGCCCUAUCUGAGACGGAUGGGCCUGGAAAGAAUGUCAAUGAACUUUCACAGUUAAUACAGGACACAAAUGCUGAGUUAUCAGACUAUGCCAAGGAUGUCGAACUUCUACGGAAUCUGUCUAAGGAACUGGCAGAGGCUAGCCCUGAGGGAAGCAAUGUCCGCAUUCUUGAAAAAGUGGACAAUCUUUCAAAGAAAUUCAAAGAGUUUGAGGACACAUUUAAGGAGAAAGAAGAAGAAGUUUCUUCUUGUCAAGGGCAGUUGGCCGAAUUCAAGUGUGCCGUUGAGUCUUUCAGAAAAUGGCUAGAUGAGUCGACAGAGAAGAUCCCUGUUGUGAAACCAGCUUGUAGUGUGGAAGACCAUCAGAAACAUCUACUGAAAGCGAAGGCCUUAUUGGAGGAAUGGUUAUCCAAGGCUUCUAUGCUUCAAGAGAUUAACAACAAAGGAUCUGCACUUUGUAACUUAAUAAGUGUCCUGACGUCCCCUGUGAAAACAAAGACAACAGUAAAAUCAGGCACAGCAGUGGAAAAUGAUGCUGAAACUCAUGCCUAUCUAACCAACAAAGAGCUGACAGUUGUCCAACAAAAUAUGUCAUAUGUCAACCAUGGCUAUGAAAUUCUGGGGGUUCAUCUAAAGGAGAACGUUGGUGAACUAGAUGGUAUGCUUGUCAAGCUGCGAGAAGUGCAGGAUGAAGCAAACUCACUCAUGCAGUGGUUUGAUGAUAUAAAUAAAACCACGUCGUCUUGGGAUGCUGUACCCACUGAGGCUGAAUCCAUGAAAACACAGAUGGAACAACAAAAGACGUUUGAAGCAGAGUUGAAACAAAAACAGGGCAAACUCAAGCAGUUGAAAGAAAAGCUGUUAGACCUGCUUGAGAAGCACCCAGACUCUCCCGAAGCUGCAAAAUGGAAGCAGAUGUUGAAUCAGAUAGAUUCCACAUGGAAAGACAUAAACAGCUCAGUGGAUGAGAGAAAGCAGAAGCUGGAGGAGUCAUCCAAGAAUCUUACCCAGUUCCAGACAGCUGAGGCUCAAUUAAAACAAUGGCUUGCAGAGAAGGAGCUAAUGAUGAGUGUGCUGGGCCCUCUCUCAAUAGAUCCAAAUAUGCUAAAUGCACAAAAGCAACAAGUUCAGAUUCUGCAAAAUGAAUUUGACACACGCAAGUCACAAUACCAUCAACUGAAGGAAUCGGCACAGGGCAUCUUGGAGAGACCAGGAGAUCUUCCUCCAUCGUGCAAGGUCUUGAAGGAUCAACUGGCUGCUGUUGCAGAGAAAUGGGAAAACCUGACAGGACGACUGAGCGACAGGUCAGAGCAAAUCGACCAGGCUAUCGUCAAAACAAACGAAUUCCAGAACCUGCUAAAAAAGAUUUCAGAAAAUGUGGAUGUCUUGAACAGUAAACUAAACAGCCAGUCUUCUCUGAGCACCCAGCCUGAUGCUGUUAAACAACAGCUGGAAACGGCAAACGAAAUCUGCACCAAGCUUGGGGAAGAAAAGAAGAACGUUGAGGAGGCUGAAGUUCUGUGCAAAGAGCUGUCCGCUUUAGUUUGUGAAGAAUACCUGAAAACAGAUCUUAGCAGACAGCUGGAAAGUGUCAAAAAGCCAUUUAAAGACCUUGAAGAAAGAACAGGAAACCGGAUACAGCAGCUUAAUUCUGCGUUCGCCAGCUCUCAGCAGUUCCAUCAGAUGUCCAAAGAUUUCCAUGGUUGGUUGGAUGGAAAAAGGCAGGAGCACUCAAUGUCACCCCUAAUAUCUGCUGAACUUGAAACUCUGCAACAGACUAUCAAGGAACAUGCUGAAUUCCAGAAGUCUUUGAACGAGCAAAAUGCAGCGUAUGAAAUAAUAAUAAAGGAUGGAGAGACUCUGUUACAAAAGACACAAGGGGCUGAGAAGUCGGCUUUACAGAGCCAACUUGCCUUGCUUAAAGCCAAUUGGGAUGAACUAAAAAAACAGUCCUCAGAGCGGCAGGACAAGUUGCAAGGAUGCCUUCAAAGAGCUCAGAAGUACAAACAACAUGUCGAAAAACUGAGACCAUGGAUUGAAGAAUGUGAAAAUAAGGUAGCCAAAGUAAAGAUUUGCAUUGACCCGGCAGAAGUUGAGCGCUCCAUCUCCGAGGUCAAAACAUUACAGAAGGACCUAGACAAACAUCGUGGAAUGGUGGAGUUGUUAAAUACUGCUGCCGACAGCUUGUUUGAAGUCUCGCAAGCUGACGAAGAUUUAAUCAGAGAUGAGAAGGCUUCCUUCAACCAGAAGGUUGACAACAUGACGGAGCAACUUCAGAACAAGAAGGAUUCCUUGGAAGAGAUCGCACAGCGCCUCAAGGAGUUUAAUGAGUCCCAUAAAGAAGCUAAAGAGCAGCUGUAUGGUGCCAAACAGCAACUUGAGGCCCAUGAGUCCCUGGGAGCUCAGGCUUACAGCAACAAACAUCUAACCAACAUGAAGGCACAGCAGAAAACACUUGAGACCCUAAAGACCCAGGUAGAUUAUCUGAAAAACCUUGCACAGGGACUGGUGGUUGAUGCCCCAGAUGCAGCAGGUGUAUCUGACCUUCUAUUACAGACAGACUCUCUUAACCAGGAGUACAAUUCUGUAAACCAGCAGGUGGAAGAGAAGUGCUCAUUUCUGGAAACCAAGCUCCAGGGAAUCGGACAGUUCCAAAACAACAUCAGGGAAAUGUUCUCCCAGUUUGCAGAUUUUGAUGACGAGCUAGACAGCAUGCAACCAGUGGCCCGUGACUUGGACACUUUGCAGUCACAGAAGGAUGACAUGAAGAGUUUUGUGAACAAACUUCAGGAGCUGAUGGUCAACACAGUGAAUGCCAACAAAAACUGCAAGAAGAUGCUAGAGACAGAGGGGUCUCCAGAUCUGCUGGGCUUGAAAAGGGACCUGGAAGCUUUAAACAAGCAGUGUAGUAAAUUGAUGGACAGAGCUAAAGGGAGAGAAGAACUAGUUGAAACCACUCUCAUCCGUGUUGAUGAAUUAUACAAAAAGAUUGAGGAACUCUCUGAAAAACUUCAGGUAGCCAAAGAGCAUGAGGAAUCUCAAGGGCCAGUUGGAAUGGAGACUGAGAUUAUUAAUCAACAGCUAGAUGUUUUCAAGGUAUUCCAAAAAGAAGAGAUUGAGCCUUUGCAAGCUAAGCUACAAGAUGUUAACUGGCUGGGACAGGGCCUUAUACAGAGUGCUGCUAAAAAUGCCAACACCCAGGCUCUCGAAGGUGAUCUUGAGGAUGUUACCACAAGAUGGAAUACACUCAACAAAAAGGUUGCAGAAAGGGACACCCAGUUGCAUGAAGCACUGCUGCAUUGUGGGAGAUUUCAAGACGCCCUUGAAUCCCUGCUCAGCUGGCUGAAUGAUACUGAAGAUCUUGUUGCCAAUCAAAAGCCACCUUCCGCCGAGUUCAAAGUAGUUAAGGCUCAGAUUCAGGAACAAAAACUUCUGCAAAGGCUAUUGGACGAUCGUAAACCAACAGUGGAUAUAAUAAAACGAGAGGGAGAAAAACUGUCUGGGGCUGCAGAGCCGGCAGAUAAGGAAAAGAUGCUGAAAGAACUUGGCAGUCUUGAUCAUAGGUGGGAUGCACUGCUCAGCAAGGCAGAGACAAGGCACCGACAGCUGGAAAGCAUCCUAGUGGUAGCACAGCAGUUCCAUGAAACACUGGAGCCCUUGGCAGAGUGGCUUUCUGCCACUGAAAAAAGACUGGCAAACUCAGAACCCAUUGGAACCCAGACUAAGAAAUUAGAGCAGCAAAUUUCACAGCACAAGGCCUUAGAAGAUGAUAUUAUGGGUCACAGUAAAAACUUACACCAAGCUAUUAGCCUUGGUCAGACACUUAAGACAAUGAGUUCCAUGGAUGACAAGGAAUUGGUGCAGGGCAAGCUGGAUUCAACACAGACUCACGCCAUUGAAGUCCAGGAGAGAUGUAGCAGGAAAGCAGUCAUGCUACAGCAGGCCCUCUCUAAUGCCCAGCUCUUUGGAGAAGAUGAAGUUGCACUAAUGAAUUGGUUAAAUGAAGUACAUGAUAAACUGAGUAAUGUGGCAGUCCAGGACUACAACACUGAUGUACUUCAUAAACAGCAUUAUGAACAACUGGCUCUUCAUGAGGACAUUGUGCUCAGGAAACAAAAUGUUCACCUGGCUAUUCAGAAUGGCUUGAAACUUUUGAAACAAACAACAGGUGAUGAAGUUGUUAUCAUUCAAGAAAAAUUGGAUGGUAUCAAAGCCAGAUAUGCAGAAGUCAAUUCAAUGAGCACUGAUGUUUCAAAGUCGCUCAAUCAAGCUCUAACGCUUGCAACCAAACUGCAGCAAAACCAUGAAGAGCUGUGCAGUUGGCUUGAUAACAUUGAAGCAGAAGUGGCUGCUUAUGAAGUUCAGGUCCCUGCAGGAGAACAGCUGACCCAAGUGCAAGAGAGACAAAAAGAGCUCCUGAAAGAUGCAAAGGAGCACAAGAGGUUGGUGGACACUCUCAAUGAGGUAAGCAGUGCUCUGCUGGAGCUGGUGCCCUGGAGAGCAAGGGAGGGACUGGACAAACUGGUGUGUGAAGACAAUGAGAGGUACAGACUAGUGAGCGACUCCAUCAUGCAGCAUGUGGAAGAAAUAGCUGCUGCUAUUUUGAGAUCACAGCAGUUUGAACAUGCAGCUGAGGUGGAGCUUGAGUGGCUAACUGAUGCAGAAAAGAAACUGGCAUCACUUGGAGAUAUCAGACUUGAGCAAGACCAGACUGUAGCUCAGUUACAAGUUCAAAAGGCAUUCUCUAUCGACAUUUUAAGACAUAAGGAUGCCAUCGAUGAAAUUGUGAAAACUGGGGAGGCAAUAAUCAGCAGCAGUGAUGAAGAGGAGAAACAAUCCUUACAGGAUAAAGUUCAAACUCUUCUGGAGAAAUAUGAUGCUGUCAGCCAUAUUAACGCCGAAAGAUAUCUACAGCUUGAGCGUGCUCAGUCAUUGGCCAGUCAGUUCUGGGAGACCUAUGAUGAGCUGUGGCCCUGGCUGCAGGAAACGAGGAGUGUGGUCUCCCAGCUUCCUGCUCCUGCCAUUGAAUAUGAAACCUUAAAACAGCAGGAAGAAGAAUUGAGGCAAAUGCGUGAGUUGAUUGCAGAACACAAGCCUCAUAUCGACAAGAUGAACAAGACCGGGCCCCAGUUGUUGGAGCUAAGCCCUGUCGAAGGCCUUUCCAUCCAGGAAAAAUACACAGUGACUGACAAGCUUUUCAUGCAGAUAAAAGAAGAUGUUAAACAGCGAGCAGUAGCUUUGGAUGAAGCCAUUUCUAAGUCAACCCAGUUCCAUGACAAGAUUGACCCAAUGAUGGAGACUCUGGGGCGGAUAGCGGAGCGCUUGAGGCAGCCCCCUUCCAUCUCUGUGGAGGUGGAGAAAAUUAGAGAGCAGAUCAGCGAGAAUAAAAACGUGUCUGUAGAUCUGGAGAAGCUCCAGCCUGGAUAUGAAACUCUGAAACAACGUGGGGAGGAGAUGAUUGCACGCUCUGAGGGGGCUGACAAAGAUAUAUCCGCUAAAGCUGUGCAAGACAAGUUAGACCAUAUGGUGUUCAUCUGGGAAGAUAUCCAGGCCCUGCUCGAAGAAAGAGAAGCUAAGCUCUUGGAUGUGAUGGAUCUGGCUGAGAAAUUCUGGUUUGACCACUGUGCACUCAUAGUCACCAUCAAGGACACACAGGAUCUCCUGCGAGACUUGGAGGAGCCUGGGACCGACCCUUCUGUGGUGAAACAGCAGCAGGAGUCUGUAGAGAGCUUUAAAGAAGAAAUAGAUGGACUGCAGGAAGAGCUUGAUGUAGUUCAGAACCUCGCCGAUGAAUUGAUGGCUGUCUGCGGCGAGCCUGACAAGCCCGUAAUCAAGAAGAGCAUAGAUGAGCUCAAUUCUGCCUGUGACAACCUGAACAAGAACUGGAAGGAGAGAGUGGAAAUACUAGAGGAGGCCAUGCAGUCUGCUGUUCAGUUUCAGGAUGGACUGCAGGGAUUAUUUGACUGGGUGGAUAUUGUGGAGAGUAAACUUGAUUCAAUGUCACCUGUUGGCACUGACCUAGAGACUGUCAAACAACAAAUAGGGGAACUGAAGGAAUUCAAGUUGGAAGCCUACCAACUGCAGAUAGAGAUGGAGAGGCUCAACCAGCAGGCAGAGAUGCUAUUGAAGAAAGUUGUUGAUGAAAACGACAGACAUCCCAUUACGGAACCUUUAACUGAGCUCAGAAUGCUGUGGGACAGUCUUGAUCAGAAGAUUAUCAACAGACAGCACAAACUGGAGGGAGCCCUGCUGGCUCUGGGGCAGUUCCAGCAUGCCUUGGAUGAGCUGCUGACGUGGCUGACACACACAGAAGACUCACUGAAGGAACAGAAAAAAACAGGAGGAGAUCCCAAAGCUAUAGAAAUUGAACUCGCCAAGCAUCACGUGCUCCAAAAUGAUGUGCUGGCCCACAAAACCACGGUGGAGGCUGUUGAGAAAGCAGGAAAUGAUAUGAUUGAGUCCAGUGCUGGGGAGGAAGCUAGUAGCCUCCAGAGCAAGCUGGAAAACUUGAAUCAGCGAUGGAAGACAGUCCUGGAAAAAACAGGACAGAGGCAGCAACACCUGGAAAGCGCUCUGCUCCAGGCCCAGGGUUUCCAUGGCGAGAUUGAAGAUAUGCAGAAGUGGCUGAAAGACACUGAACGUCAGUUGUUAGCAUCAAAGGCUGUCGGAGGUUUACCAGAAACUGCCCGAGAGCAGCUUAAUAUCCAUCUGGAACUCCUGAAUGUUUUUGAAGCAAAGGAAGAGCAGUACAUCAGCCUGAUGCAGAAAGGACAGCAGCUGAUCACUAUCUGCCCAGAGGGACAUGAUGCCAAUACAGAGCAGGACCUAAAGAACUUGAAAGAAAAAUGGGAAUCUGUGCAAACAAAAACGACUGAAAGAAAGGUUAAAUUAGAGGAAGCCUUGACCUUGGCCACACAGUUCCAUAACUCCCUUCAAGACUUCAUCAACUGGCUGACCCAGGCUGAGCAGACUCUAACAAUGGCCACACCAGCAAGCCUUAUCCUGGACGACAUCUUGUUUCAGAUUGAUGAACAUAAGGUCUUUGUCACUGAGGUAAAUUGCCACAGAGAGCAGAUAAUAGAGCUGGACAAAACUGGAACACACUUGAAAUACUUCAGUCAGAAGCAGGAUGUUGUCCUCAUUAAGAACCUGCUGAUCAGUGUGCAGAGCCGCUGGGAGAAGGUGGUCCAGCGAUCAGUGGAGAGGGGACGAGCUCUAGAUGAUGCCAGGAAACGUGCCAAGCAGUUCCACGAAGCCUGGAACAAACUAAUGGAGUGGCUCGAGGAAUCAGAAAAGGCCCUGGAUUCCGAGCAGGAAAUCGCAAAUGAUCCAGACAAGAUUAAGAUGCAGCUGGCACAGCAUAAGGACUUUCAGAAGGCCCUUGGAGGCAAACACUCCGUUUUUGACACUUCAAUCAGAACUGGACGCUCUUUGAAGGAAAAGACCUCUCUGAAAGAUGACAACCAGAAACUGGAUGACAUGCUCAGUGAACUGAGAGACAAAUGGGACACUGUCUGUGGUAAAUCUGUAGAAAGGCAAAAUAAACUGGAAGAAGCUCUGCUGUUUUCAGGACACUUCACCGAUGCUCUGCAGGCUCUCAUUGAUUGGUUGUACAAGGUAGAGCCCCAGCUUGCUGAAGACCAGCCAGUUCAUGGAGAUAUAGACCUUGUGUUGAAUCUGAUAGAUAACCACAAGGUCUUCCAGAAAGAGCUAGGGAAAAGAACUAGCAGCGUCCAGGCUUUGAAACGCUCAGCACGGGAACUAACUGAAAUCAGUCAUGAUGACUCUUCUUGGGUCAAAGUGCAAAUGCAGGAGUUGAGCACCCGCUGGGAGACUGUGUGCGCUCUCUCUGUGUCCAAACAAACACGACUGGAACAAGCUCUCUGUCAGGCAGAGGAAUUCCAUUCCACUGUGCACAUCCUGUUGGAGUGGCUCGCUGAGGCUGAGCAGAGCCUUCGUUUCCAUGGUGCCCUCCCAGAUGACGAAGAGGCUUUAUGUGCACUUCUAGAUCUACACAAGGAGUUUAUGAGGAAACUCGAAGAAAAAAGAGUGGGGCUGAGCAAAGCUACAGGUUUGGGGGAAGUGAUCUUGACCAUCUGCCACCCAGACUCAAUCACCACCAUUAAACACUGGAACACCAUCAUCAAAGCCAGAUUUGAGGAGGUGUUAGCAUGGGCUAAGCAGCACCAGCACAGGUUAGGAAGUGCUCUGAAGGAAUUACUUGCUAAUCGGGAACUGUUGGAGACCCUGCUAGGCUGGCUGCAGUGGGCAGAGACAACACUCAAUGAGAAGGAUAAGGAGACCAUCCCACAACAAAUAGAGGAAGUCAAGACACUCAUUGCUGAACACCAGACUUUUAUGGAAGAAAUGACAAGGAAGCAACCCAAUGUUGACAAGUUAACAAAGACAUACAAAAGGAGAGGUGCAGCAGAACCUCCCCCCAUCCAGUCCAACAUCCCCGUCCUGGAUAAAGGAAGAGGAAGAAGAAAACGGUCCCCUAUGCAAAGGAUGUACCCUUCAUCAACAAAUACACAGAUUGAGACCAAGAACCCUCGAGUGAAUCUCCUUGUUAGCAAAUGGCAGCAGGUCUGGCUUCUGGCUUUGGACAGACGAAGAAAACUCAACGAUGCGUUAGACCGGCUAGAGGAGUUGAGAGAAUUUGCCAACUUUGACUUUGACAUUUGGAGGAAACGCUAUAUGAGAUGGAUGAACCAUAAGAAGUCUAGGGUAAUGGACUUCUUCCGUCGCAUUGACAAAGACCAGGAUGGAAAGAUAACCAGGCAGGAGUUCAUUGAUGGAAUUCUUUCCUCAAAGUUCCCAACUAGCCGUUUGGAAAUGAGUGCUGUGGCUGACAUCUUUGACAGAGAUGGAGAUGGAUACAUCGACUAUUAUGAGUUUGUAGCAGCACUUCAUCCCAACAAGGAUGCCUACAAGCCACUUACUGAUGCAGACAAGAUAGAGGACGAGGUGACUCGUCAAGUUGCAAAAUGUAAGUGCCCAAAGCGAUUCCAGGUGGAACAGAUUGGAGCUAACAAAUACCGGUUUUUCCUUGGAAACCAGUUUGGUCUUGUACACUGCUUACAUGAAUCAUUAAUCGUGGAUGAGACACUAGCAAACAGGGACAGUCAAAAUGUAACCCCACAACUACAAGUUGCUGUAUUGGAAAGCUGUAUACUGUUUGGAGAUUCACAGCAGCUGCGUCUUGUUCGUAUCCUGCGCAGCACUGUUAUGGUUCGUGUGGGAGGUGGAUGGAUGGCACUUGAUGAGUUCUUAGUGAAAAACGAUCCUUGCAGAGUUCAUCAUCAUGGAAGUAAAAUGUUACGUUCGGAAUCAAACUCUUCAAUUACUACUCAGUCUGCUAUAGCCAAAGGCAGGACAAACAUGGAGCUUCGGGAAAAGUUCAUUUUACCAGAGGGCGUGACACAAAUCAUUGGUAGCUUCCGAUACCGGGGUCAUAAGUCACGGCCAUCCUCGAGAGCUGCUUCUCCGAACAGGUCGAACUCCAGUCACUGCUGUGUUUCCGUCCCACCUACCCCCAACCUAACCACUACCAGCACCCCAAAGAACCCCCAUCAUAUAACCCGCAAUUAUGAUAAACCAUGGUUGACAAACAGCAAAACCUCUACACCUGUUAGAUCAUCAGAAUCCCCUGAAUGUCAAGUUUCGCCUACAGAGGGUACACCAAUACAAGGAAGCAAACUCCGUCUUCCUGGAUAUUUGUCUGGAAAAGGCUUUCAUGCUGGAGAGGAGAGCAGCCUCAUCACAGCAGCGGCUUCCAAAGCCAGAACUCAGUCAGCAGAAACUAAGAAGACACCAAGCAGGCCUGGAAGCCGGGCAGGGAGUAAGGCCGGCAGCAGAGCAAGCAGCCGACGAGGCAGUGACGCUUCAGACUUCGACAUUUCAGAGAUCCUGUCUGUGUGCUCAGACAUGUCAGAGACUGUACCAGACUCGAACAAAACAGGGCCGAGAGCUGGACACCGGCCCUCUUCUGCCAAGCCUUCUAAAAUCCCCACGCCUCAGAGGAGGUCCCCUGCUGCUAGCAAACUGGCCAAGGCUUCCAAGAGAUAGUUGGGACAGGCCAAGCAGAAUAACUACAAUGUGCAUUAAUAUUUAAGGUUGUGAGGUGUAAAAUAUUCUUUUGAAAUGAAUGUGUAAUAUUGAGCGAGGCAGAUUUGAAUGCAGAUGGCCUUAUGUGUCUUGUUUUUUAUUUUAUGUGAAUAAUGUUGUGUCGGAUUUUAUUAUUAUUAUUAUUAUUAUUAUUAUUAUUAUUAUUAUUAUUAUUAUUUUCUUUGAUGCCAUAUCCUUAAGAGGGUAAAAUGAGACUUUAUAAUAUAAGUUAAACUAACAUUUUUACACAAUAAUGUGUAACUGUAACACUAAAUAUUGCUAAGAAACAGCUACUGAAUGUACAAUAAUUUUCUGGAAUUUAACUUGUCUAUUUAAGUAAGGCAAUUCUUGGCGAUAACAAUUAAUUUAUAUCUUCUGACAAUGCAACGAAGAGCAGUCAAAACAAAUUAAAAGAGACAGUUCUGGAUUGAAGCACAAGAUAAGGUUUCAGACUAAUGUGCAAAAGGGUGUGAAGUUAGUAAUUCACACAGCAGAAAACUGAAAUAAAAAAGCAAAGAAUUUUAUUCACAAAUCAUAAGCACUUGCAAAACAUAUUAUGUUAAAAUACCUUGCUGGAAAUUGUGCCAUUUAUUUAAUGGUGACUAGGGCCAUACAGACUCCUAGAAACUAAAAUGCCAGUAUGAAGUGCAUUCAGUGUGGUUUUAUUUUGUUUGAGUGAGCGGGAGCGCUGUAGCACUUCAUUUUUCAAUACAUUUGCUUGCAGAAAACUAAAAAUGAACCAUUCUUCAUUUUUUUAUUGAUGGCUUUCUCAAAAACAAAAAACAUCCUAUUCACAAAGCUGUAACUCAUAAGAGGCCAGUUUUGGCAGAUUAAAUAAAAAUUGCAAUUCAUAAAA